AAGUCGCAUUUGGGGCACCUGUGUUGGCACCGCUUGGUCCCUAAGCCGGCUAAAGAAGUCAGGGCAACUGUGAGCCCGAAAUGUGGGCGUGGAGUUAGAAUUGGUUUCUUUACUUGGUUUUUCCUAGUUGACUUAAAGUAACUGCUCGCCUUUAGGAACACGGCCGCAGAUGAAGACGAGUGGAAAGAAUUUGAGCAAAAAGAGGUUGAUUACAGCGGACUCAGAGUGCAGGCCAUGCAAAUAAGUGAAAAGGAAGAAGAUGAUAAUGAAAAAAGAGAAGAUCCAGGAGAUAACUGGGAAGAAGGUGGAGGUGGUGGAGGUAUAGAGAAAUCUUCAGGUCCUUGGAACAAAACAGCUCCAGUACAAGCGCCUCCUGCUCCAGUAAUUGAAACCCCAGAACCGGCAAUGACUAGUGGUGUGUAUAGGCCUCCUGGGGCCAGGCUAACCACAACAAGAAAAACACCACAAGGACCACCAGAAAUAUACAGUGAUACACAGUUUCCAUCCUUGCAGUCCACUGCCAAGCAUGCAGAAAGCCGGAACAGGGAUAAAGAAAUGGAGAAGAGCUUUGAAGUAGUAAAACACAAAAAUAGAGGUAGGGAUGAGGUUUCAAAAAACCAGGUCCUUAAACUUCAGCUAGACAACCAGUAUGCUGUGCUUGAAAACCAGAAAUGCAGCCACACACAGUACAAUUAAGGAGUGGUCUUUGCUAACCCCUCUGAGGUAACUAGACCACAGCUAAACCACCAGGAACAGCCAUUCGUCAUCUGAUCUCUGUUGGAUCUACAGCAGCCGAUGCAGACCAUGCAAGUGACCAGCCUGUUACUGCACUAUGGAAGUUUAAAGUGUCACAACUGCUCUUUAUGUAUAUUGGAUUUAGGGGGAAUUUUCAUUGUUAUAUGUGUGAACUAGAUUCAACACUUUUUUCAUAAUCACUCUGCAAAUACAAAACCAAAAUCUGCAGCCAGUGGUCAUUUGAAAAAUCUUUUUAUGUUCAGAUACUGAGCCUUUGUAAGGGUUGACUACCUCAGAUUUGCUGCACUCUUUGUGGACUUCAUGUGGAUCACAACUUCUGGAUAAGAAGGUUACAGCUAUUAAAAGUGUCGAUGUGAACCUUGAAACCAGCUCUCCUGGAUUCCUAUUAGAAAUCCUGCAGAAAGUCAGCCAUCUGGGUUCUGAUCUGCUGUAAAAGAUGAAGAUUUAAGUGACCUUAAUUAACCUGUCCUGUGCCCUACCCUAAGGAGUACUCUAGUAAGCUGUGGCUGUGUUAGACUUUUGGAACAUGCCACUUUCAAAAGAACUGAUGUGUUCAGAUGAUCUGAGUAGGGCUGUGAUUUAUAAUUUCCAUUUUUAGUUAUAGUCUGAGGUAACUACAAAUUAAAUUCUACCAAACUUGGGUCCACCAAGUGGGAAAGGGGUGGGGCCGGGGGAAUAACUAGUUUCCUUUAGUAGUAGUUUGUUUGUUUUUUUGUUUUUUUUUUUUAAUUUGGAUAGUGCUUUUUCUGUGUUCCACAUUAAGGCCUUUUUUGCUUUGACUUGGAAUAAGUUCUUUGACAGAGCAUAUCGCUUGGUUAAGUAACCUGAAGCAUUCAAAUUGUGAUGUCUCAAGAGUUUGCCAAUCCCUAGAGUGGAACCAAAUAGCCUUUGAUGUAAAGGGCAGUGGAUUCUGGAGGCUCUACUUCAGGUGCUGCUUCAGCCUCCUCUAAUCAGUCUAAAUUGUAUAGUAAACUUGUGGAAAGAGUAUGGCUUCUGCUCAGGCUAAGGCAGUGGUGGUGAACCUAUGGCACGUGUACCACAGCAGGCUGUUUAUCACUGAAAGCUCUAAAAGGUUUGCAAUCACUAGGCUAAGGGUUUCACUGACCUGUCCUACAGAUUUAAAGCCACACAAGCUAAACCUCACCUUUCAGUUUCAUGGAUUUUGUGUGAUCUUUUAGAAUUCCAUAUAUACUUGUGCCCAGAUUUUUAAGAUAUUGGCCAUUCUGUAGAUGCAGUGAUUGUCCCAACUAGCUCUGUCACCAAGCCUUGGUUUCUUCAUAGUGUUCAUUUGGAAAGGCAGGCUAAAGACUUGGAUAUAGCACUUCUGCUUUUAAUAACUGCAGAUGACAGACUAUCCAGUAAUAUAUAGUUCUUAUAAGGGACUUGAAGCUUCUCUGGAUUACUGAACUUUUUUUCCAUCUAAUGAGAUAGUCUAGCAGUGUUUCCCCUGGUCUGGUAUCUUUGGUUCAGCAGAAGUAUUUCAUUGUGGUAGUAACCACUUGAAUGCAGAGUCUGGGUUUCUCUAUAAUAAAUCCCUUUGCCAAAUGCAGGAGUUGCAAACAUGCUACUGGCAAGAGUAAAGCAAGUGAGUAAGUAAAACUAUCCUAGUGUUGGGGCAUUUUCUUAUAGGAUUUCAGUCUUGAACAUGCUGGUGCAGGAAUCAGACUGCUUAGGAGGCCACACACAGUGCCUCCUGACAGCCCCCGCUGGCCACUGUGGGCAGUAAUGUUGACAUUAUUUGAGGCGGCAGGAGGUGCGAUGCUUGCCUUUUUUGGUUGGUGUAUUUGGGUGAGUAGCUGAGCCAGCCAAGGGAGUUUGGAUGAUUGAAAAAUAAGAGACUCUUGGUUAAGCUGAAGACUUCAUUUGGGAACCAAAAACAGUAAUCUUUUGCACCUUGAGUCACAUAUUUUCCUUGAAAAGUAUGGAUUGUCCCACAAUUUCGUUGGGAGUUAUUGAGAGGUGAAGUGAGAUGAAUAUGAGGUUUUAUUUAAUGGCACACUGUACUGGAAAUCUACCUACAGCAGAUUUAAAUUCCAGCUCUUG